AGUUCAGAACUCCUGGGAACUGCAUAGUACAUUAUGUCAGCUGUCAAUGACACGAAAUUGAAUGCUGCAGUGUUCCUUCUGACCGGACUACCUGGACAGAAAGACAUACAUCUCUGGAUCUCUAUCCCCUUCUGCUUAGUGUAUGUUAUUUCAAUAGUAGGAAAUUCAGUCAUUCUGUUCAUUAUAAAAACAGAUCCAAGCCUCCAUGAGCCCAUGUACAUUUUCCUUUCCAUGUUGGCUGUCACAGACCUUGGCUUAUCGAUAACCACCAUACCGACGAUACUGGGUAUAUACUUGUUUAACUCUAGAGAGAUCAGCCUUGAUGCCUGUUUUGCCCAGCUGUUCUUCAUCCACUCUCUGUCAUUCAUUGAAUCCUCCAUUCUCUUGUUGAUGGCCUUUGACCGCUUUGUUGCGAUCUCUAACCCACUGAGAUAUGCUUCCGUCUUAACUCUUCCGAGAAUAGCCAAGAUGGGACUGUUGUUUGUGUUAAGAGGGUUUGUCCUAACAUUCCCACUCCCCUUUCUCUUGAAGCGGUUCCAAUACUGUCAAGCCAAUAUCCUCUCCCAUUCCUACUGCCUGCACCAGGAGGUCAUGAAUCUGGCUUGUUCAGAUAUCACAGUCAACAGCAUCUAUGGCUUGUUUAUUACACUCUUAAUGGUGGGGUUGGACUCGCUGCUCAUCUUCCUCUCUUAUGUGAUGAUCCUCAAAACAGUGCUGAAAGUUGCGUCCCCCACAGAGUGCCUCAGGGCCCUGAACACCUGUGUGUCCCACCUCUGUGCUGUUGUGCUCUUUUACACACCAGAGAUCGGCUUAUCUGUGUUACACAGAUUUGGAAAGGCGUCUCCUCCAUUACUUCAGAUUCUCCUGGGCUAUGUCUAUCUGCUGGUCCCACCUCUGAUGAAUCCAAUUGUGUAUAGUGUGAAAAGCAAACACCUUCGCGAGCAGAUAAUCAAGAUGUUUGUCAAGUGA